AUGAUUCAAUUAGAAACCUUCAAGGAUUUAAGUGACAUUGAAUAUUUUCCAAGUAUUAAAAAAGACUGUACCGAACAUUGUAAAAAAAAAAUGGCAAAAAUAGUAGAGAUAACAAUGAAACAAUUUACAGAGAUGGCUGUUAAUUAUUACAAAGAUGCAAAGUUAGGAAAAGAUUCAUCUGGUUACUCUUACAUUUUGUAUUGUAUGGAACCAGAUAAAGAUAAUGAUCCAGAUUUCCUAGCUCGUGUCGAGAACAAAUGUAAUAUUAAAAUAAAUGAUAAUAACGAAUUAAUUCACAAUUUCAAAAAACCUGAAGAAGAGGGAGAAGAGGAAGAAGAGGAAGAGAAAGAUGAUAGCAAAAAAAAAUAA